AUGGGAUACAACAAUAAUUUUUCAUUUGUAAACCGUAUUGGUCCAGUAAAUGAACCGAUUCCAGCUCAUCCUGAUUCCAUAUAUCGACCACAAAAUCGUCCAUUACCAGUUUCUCACUCACCACCAGCUCGUAUAGCAAUGGCUCCAUCUCCAAUGAUAGACAACGUUCCCGUAGCAGCUCCUUUAAGUUCUAACGGAAGCGGUUUUUCACCUUGGUGGAUUAUUGGUCCAUUAUUAGCUGUCCUUGCAGUCAUGACUGUUGGUGCUCUUGCUUAUUUGAAAAAGAAACAAAAUGAUUCGGAGAAUAAGGAUAAGAAUAGUGAAGAAAAUCGUGAUGGAAAUAUAUCCUUGAAAGACAUAAAAUCAAACGGAUUCCCAAACGCACAGAAGAAAACAAUCUCAGCAUUAUCUGCCAAAAAAGGUAUGACUUUAUAUUUGAUCAAAGUUUAUCCCGAAACGAGACACUGCGAAUAUUCCAAUCGAAAAUCUCUUCAUUUUUCUCGUGAAAUAGGAUUGAGUCAUUCAAAAAAUCUAAUACCUUUAUCACCCAACACUACCGCAUCUUCGAAAACCUCAACUAUCGCAGAUCAGAACCAACCAAAUGUGGACAAAUAUUUCAAAUCAAGCAAAGCGAAACAGGACGUCACGAAUCCAACAUCAAUAGGUCAUAAUCCAGCCGACGAAUUAACUUCGCCUGGUCAACAUGGUAUCGGUAAAAGUCCAUUAGUUUCCAUCAUUCCAACAGGUUCCAAACCUAAUCUAAAAGAAAACACGUCGUCACAAUUACACGAAAAACUUCAAAAUCAUUCCACUUCAAAAAUAUCAUCAACUGAACCCCAGACCGAUGUUUUGUCAAAUCAACAUGCGAAAAAAAGUUCAAAAGAUUCCGAAACGAAGAAUAUUCCAAUGCCACACGUUCCUCAAUGUAAAACAAAUCCUUCUUCUUCUGAUGACGACAAUUAUGAUGAACUCUAUCCCAUCGAAUCAGUCACAUCAAAACCUUUGAAAAUCGACAAGACCUCUACCAAUCGGAACUCCUUCAUUCUCCGAUCAAAACGACUCAAUUUCAAACGUAUUCAUCAUAAAGAAAAUAAAUUCACUUCGACCAACACCCAAGAACAUUGA